CCGCUUCUCUCGCACGCCCGCCGAAAGCAAAGGGAAUGGCGUUUUUGAGAAACGUGCCACGGCGAUGCUGCAUCGGCAAGAAGCUAACCAAGUGCGGCGCGUCGCCACUGCCAACGGUUGGCCUCCUGGAGAACGCGACGGCGACGGCGACGAGGGCACCGUCACUGCGGCUGGUUACACAGGUGCACGGUGACACGCGCGGCUACGCUACCUCCGCCGCCGCCUCCGCCACUGACGUCAAGCGACAGCAAUCGUCGGUGCAACCACGGCAGAUCGACCCGCUCGAUUUGAAGUUUAACGACCCGAUCGCGGCGUUCAAGAGCAAAACCACCACGGAACUGGUGCGCGCCUACAUAGUUUACCAGAUGUGCUCGAUCGAGUACAUCGUGGAGAACAAUAUGAAGUUUAUGAAAUGGGCCAAGGCGAUGCUGGGCGAAACGUUGUUCUCUAAACUUAUGAAGGCGACGUUCUACGGUCAUUUUGUCGCUGGCGAGGACGAAGUACAAAUCACUCCUGUUCUGGAUAGACUGCGACAAUUUGGCGUCAAACCGAUUCUGGAUUAUUCCGUCGAAGAGGAUAUUUCACAGGAGGAAGCUGAGAGACGUGAACUCCAAGCUUCGGUAUCUGAAGCGGGUGAUGAGAAGAGAGAGGGUCCAUUAAAAAAGUAUCACGUGGAGAAGUCGUUCGCCGAUCGGCGAUACAAGGUGUCGUCGGCUAGGACAUAUUUUUACCUAAACGAAGCGUCCUGCGAGCGAAACAUGGACAUUUUUAUCAGGUGUCUGGAGGCUGUGGCGAGUGCUUCGAUGGGAAUGGGCAUCACAGCCGUGAAAUUAACGGCGCUUGGUCGGCCGCAGCUUCUGUUGCAAUUGUCAGAGGUAAUUAUGCGCGCACGGCAAUACAUGACGGACGUUGUUGGUGGCGAAGGUGCCGUUCUGGCUCAUCACGUAAAGCCCGAUGACAUCAGGAAAAAGUUCGAGGAGGCACAGAUAAAGGAUGAGGCAUCGGUGCAAAAGUUCCUUCAAAAAAUUCAGUCUGACAAAGAAGGUGUGAUUCACUUGUUCCCGUGGAGCGGUAUUUUAGACGAAAAUUAUGAGCUAAGCGAAACCUUCCAAGUACCUGAUAUCAAAACCGGCAAAAUGGUCCAGUUAAUGUCGCAACUUACGUCCAAGGAGGAGGAAAUGUUCAGGAACAUGAUCAGACGUCUAAACAAUAUUGUCUCGGUGGCUGACAGUCUGGACGUUCGUAUCAUGAUAGAUGCUGAACAAACGUACUUCCAGCCGGCGAUCUCUCGCCUGACGCUGGAGAUGAUGCGCAAGUACAAUACAAAGAAGGCUGUGGUAUUCAACACUUACCAGACGUAUCUGCAAGACGCGUAUAACGAGGUGAAAACAGACCUCGAACAGGCGGAACGCCAAAACUUUUAUUUCGGUGCUAAGAUCGUUCGCGGCGCUUACAUCGAGCAGGAAAGGGCAAGAGCGGCGGCUAUGGGUUAUCCGGAUCCCACGAACCCCACGUACGAGGCGACCACCGACUCCUAUCACAAGACGCUCAUGGAGUGCUUGAGGCGGAUGAAACAGUACAAGGACAAGGGAGAGGAUCCCAAGAAGAUAGGAAUUAUGGUUGCCUCGCACAAUGAGGACACUGUGCGCUUUGCGAUCGAGAAAAUGAAGGAAAUCGGAAUCUCACCAGAGGAUAAGGUCAUAUGUUUCGGCCAGUUGUUAGGAAUGUGCGACUACAUAACAUUUCCAUUAGGUCAAUCUGGUUAUUCCGCGUACAAGUACAUCCCGUACGGGCCUGUUAAGGAGGUGCUGCCGUAUUUGUCACGGCGCGCGCAGGAAAAUCGUGGCAUACUAACGAAGAUCAAGAAGGAGAAGAGCCUGCUACUGAGUGAAAUCACGAGACGGAUAGUGCGCGGCAAGAUCUUUUAUAAACCCAAGGGCAAUUACACUCCGGUUUGAGCAGUCGAUCCGUUUAGUUGCACACAGACAGAAUUUUAAGUAUCAAAUUUAAGUAGUGGUUAUAAAUUAUUGAAAAACUAAAAAAGACCUCAAUGCGGGCACUCCAGAUUGAAGUAAUUGAUUGAAGUAACUUGACGGACCUGUUACUGUGAUGUACACAGAAAGAGAGAGCGAGAGAGAGAGAGAGAGAGAGCGGUGCGGGCACAAUUAUGUGCGCCGAUUUACGCAAAAGGUAUACGUUACUAGUUAAAAAUCGCCUCGGUGUUAUAUUGUCGAGUAUAUCGAUGCUCAAUGCUGCUGAUAGGACUAUGUACUUGUUGCUCGUUUCGCGAGACGCUGCCAGCGACUGUGCUACAAAAUCAGUUUCACCCUCGAGAGCACGUGCUUUCACGUGACCGUAGGAGACCGAGAGAGUUGAGAGAUUCGAAACUGUUCGCGAUUCAGUUCUUUCCACGAUCGGUGCAUCCCAAAACUAGUAACGAUGAUCUCCUUGUACCUGCGAUAUUUUUCGUGAAUGAUAUUAAAGAAUCGACUGGUUGGCAGCAUUCUCGAUGUCGCGAAAUGCAACAGCGAUUAAAAGGAGACGGGUCCCGGUUUUUGGCACGCGCUUGCGUUACUUUCACGUUUUACAAUUUUCUUUAUGAAGAAUCUCUCGUCAAGAUUAUUUUUCAUAUGUACAUAAAUACACGCGCGCAUCGAUUAUUUAUGAUUCGUGUUUACGUAGUAGUAUCGUCUUCAACGUCCACGAUGUUUGUAAUAAUAAAACAGGAAAAAAAAACAAAGAACACACCGUGCAUAGGUAGAUAUUUCGUUGUAACUGCGAUCUAUCGCCGCUCGUAGAAAAUGCAAUUAACGUGUCGAUUAAAAAAUACGAGCAGCGUCGCGUAUACAGGUGAGUUGUAUGCGCCGUUGCGCAUAGCUACCAAGAGGAAACCGAGGUAUAGCGGCCGCAUUGAGCACGCGACAGCGUUCCAUCGGCGUGCGUGACAUCACCGGCGAGCCUUUUAACACGUGAUAUACACGGAACGAUAGAGAAAUGAUCAGGUCCGGAAAGAAAAGAGCAAAUAACACGCGUAUAACGAGAGAUUACGAAGCUCCUGGGAGUGCGACGAGAUAACAGGGUGAAAGUAUAUAAUGAGAUUUUAGGAGAGUGCUUAGGGAAAGAAGUGCGGAUUUCCGAAUGCUCUCGACAGCGCGAAGCAUGAGGAACAGAGUCGUUCUUCGUAGUGCACGCAUGUCCGGCCGCGACACGAAAGUAAUCUUGGGCUGACACGGCGAGAUAACGAGAGCCGGCGAGAUCUAUGACAAACGCGGUAUAUUUUUUUUUGUGAUAUCUCGAUAGCCAUAGUUAGCAAGUCGCAUACGAAUACACAUAUACAUGCACGUACACGUGGUAAUAGUCCCACUUCGCUUCAGCCUAAAAUUGAUUCUCGCGUUACAGGAUAAUCAGGUAAUAAGAGGAACGUUCGGCGCAGAGUUACGCAGAUACUAUCGGAAAACGCUCGAUAAAAUGCUAUCGAUAAUGUACGACCCCUGCACUUCGUCAUCCUCGUCAGAUUUUUCUCGAGGAGGAGGGAUAAAAUAAAGGAAAAUCGAUUUAUAAUUUAGAAGAAAUAAAUCAAUGCCGUGAUUCGAACAAGAGUUUUAAGUAUUAACGAAUUCUUUUUAUCCGUUGCGAAAGAAUUUAUUGCGGGAUUAGACGACGACCGCCCAAUCUCACAAUCCCAAUCGUACGAUUUAGUAUUAUUCUUCGAUCGAUACGAGGUUAUAAAUUUGCGAGUCCGAAAAUGUCACGCGAUCAUCGGGUUAGCAAUUAUGAUAGGUUUACUAAACCGUUUUCGAAGGAUUGCGUGGCGCAUUCUGAUAUUCUUAAGCCAGUAUUUUAUUCAUACUCGCGAUACACGACACUCGAUGGUGUACCGUUCGAAUAAGCGCGCGAGUGUCUUUCUUUUUCUAAAUAAUACUAAGCCCACGGCUUAUCGCAAUAGAUACUCAACGCAUCAUUUCGUUUCUCGGGCAAUGUGUACGCGAGUACAGUCAUUUGUGAUCUCUUAAUUGUUGUUUCUUUCGCUAUAUACAUUGUUGCGAGAGCGUUUUGUGUUCGAAGUGUGCAUGUAGCCUACAUUUACAUAUAAUUGUAAUAAUCUCAAACGAAGUAUGUUUGUGUAGAGUAUUUACUCGCUUUGUAGGGACGCACCGCAUGCGUGGCAUCGAUCGAUCGCGAGAGGGAUGGAGAGGAAAGAUGUGUUUCAGAGCGAAUCUAAAGAUCUCUGUAUGUGAACCAUAUGUUAAGUGCAAACGCUGGAAAAAAAAAAGAAAGAAAAGAGAAACAAUCAAUGAAGGAACAAAUAAAGGGGCAUUGUUACAAGUUA